AUGUGGUCAACAUUUUUUGUGACUGACGAGGAGGGCCGCACUGUAGGCCCAGGGACCCCCGGAGUGGCUGGUGGGCCUGUACCAGGAGGACCAGCCCAGGGUGCAGGGGGUCUGGCCAGUCUGAUGAGUGGACGCAGUACAUUUGGUGGGAACAAGCGCCGCAGGACAACAUCAACAGGACAUGCCAUGAGUGAGGCCCAGGAGGGAAAGAUCAAAUUAGCAUUCUUUGUCGCCAUUGUUGGUGUAGUGCUGACAGUCCUCGGGGUCGGGACUGAGUUCUGGGUGGAGCUGGCACCACCGAAGAGUUUCUAUAACAAUCAGACUUGUCUGACAGCCCACUAUGGCCUGUGGAAGGGCUGCACCAAGACCCUGUGGGUGUCUGAUAUUGACCCAGAGAGAGAGAGCUGCGGACCUGCUGAACUGGCUGGAGAAUCAAACUGCACGUACUUCAAGUUUUUUACUACAGGGGAAAAUGCUGUGAUGUUUCAGAAGACGACAAAGAAAAAUCUGAAUGUGGCAGCAGCAAUGUUGGCCCUAUUCAGCCUGUUUCUGAUGGUGAUGGGUGCCAUCUGUAUCACUAUGGCUCUCAGUAAGGAGAUCCUGUUUUUCCUUAAACCAGCAUCUGUAUGCUUCAUUCUGUCAGGUGUUCUGGUGCUCCUGUCCCUCUUGGUUUUCCACCAGUCUGUUUUGGCUUUUCUUGCCAGCAAUCACACAGUUCCUCUCCACCAUGAGCUCUCCUGGUCAGUAUCGUGUAUUGGCUGUGCGGGGGCUGUCCUCAUCGUGGGUGGGAUCCUCUUCCUGCUGUUGGCGUUGCCCUACAGCCCCUGGCAGAAGUGCCUCCCUCACAAGGACAGCAGUAGCUAGUGGACUGGAGGUGAUGGUGCAUUUUAUCUGCCCCUCUUGUAAGGGGGAGGGUGCAGAGAAGUGAGGAGGUUUCCUAGAGAUGUCUUACCAAAGAGAUAGCUUUUUCUGUUGACUUAGAGCAAUUUUGU